AUGAAAACAGGAACUUCAAGUUUCUUCGAUGAUCAAACUGUUUUUUUCACCACUAAACUUCUACGUUGGACUAUUUGUUCUCUCAUUCCAAUAGCUCUCUUUCUUACAUACUUCUACCAUGUGCCAAUUCAACCCUUUUCUCCAUCUCCAAAUUCUGAUUUCACUCAUUCCAAUAUCACUUCUCACUCUUCACCUUCAUCUUCUUAUGCAGAGAAGAAAAGAGCUUACCAAAACCAAUGUGAUUACUCAAAGGGUGAUUGGAUCAAAGACACAUCAAGCCCUUUAUACAAUGAUACAACAUGUGGUAUGAUUAAAGAAGGAAGAAAUUGCAUAAAACAUGGAAGACCUGACUCUGAUUAUCUUUAUUGGAGAUGGAAACCAACUGAAUGCUAUCUUCCAAGGUUUGAACCUAGAACUUUUCUACAACUCAUUCGCAACAAAAAUAUAGCUUUUGUUGGAGAUUCAAUGGCCAGGAACCAAUUAGAGUCUCUUCUUUGUAUGUUAUCAACCGUUUCAAUUCCUAAUCUUGUGUAUCAAUACGGCGAUGAUAAUCAAUUCUCCAAGUGGUACUUUUCUUCAUACAAUGUAAGUAUUUCAUUGUAUUGGUCUCCAUUUUUAGUGCAAGGUAUUGAAAAAUCAAGCACACGGCCGAAUAAUGAGUUAUAUUUGGAUCAUGUGGAUGAAAAAUGGGCAAAGGAUAUGAAUCAAAUGGACAUGAUUGUGUUAUCAAUUGGACAUUGGUUUUUGCUUCCUGCAGUUUAUCAUGAAGGUGAUUCAAUUUUAGGGUGUCAUUAUUGUCCCGGUCUUAACUACACCGAUAUCGGAUUUUAUGAUGUAUUGAGAAAGUCUUUAAGGACUACUCUUAAUAGCAUAAUUGAUAGAAGAGAAAAUAAUAAAGGUAAAGAAAUUGAUGUGGUUGUGACAACAUUUAUGCCGCAUCAUUUUGAAGGUGAAUGGGAUAAAGCGGGUGCUUGUCCGAAGACUAAGCCUUAUAGAAACGGCGAGAAGGAAGUUGAAGGAAUGAAUGGGGAGAUGAGGAAGGUUGAGAUUGAAGAAGUUGCAGCUGCUAAGGCGAAAGGGAGUGAAGAUGGAAGGUUUAGAUUUGAGGUAUUGGAUAUAACGGAAUUGGCUUUGUUGAGACCGGAUGGUCACCCCGGUCCUUAUAUGAAUUCUUUUCCGUUUUUUAAUGGUGUUCAAGAGCAUGUGCAGAAUGAUUGUGUUCAUUGGUGUUUGCCGGGACCGAUUGAUACAUGGAAUGAGAUAUUUUUAGAAAUGAUAAAGAAGUGGGGGAAAGAAACUAGGAGUGAAGAUUGA